UCUGCUGUCUGCUGGCUCUCGGUUCGCCGACAGGCAGGCAAAGCAAGCAAAGCAGAAAGAGCAAGCAAAGCGCAUUUUCAGCAAGCAGCUCCACAAUCGGGCCAAGUGCGCGUGUUUAGCCCCGGGAAAUGACCCAGUGGGACUCGGCGUGAGACCCCAGCCCACGUACGGACUCUUCUCGAGUUGGAGUUGUGACUGAACGGGAGCAAGAAAGUGCUGGCGAUGGCCUCGUCAAGGCAAAUGGUCUCGGAAGCAAUCCGGGAAGAAAUCCAGCGUUUCGAGAGCGUCCAUCCCUGCAUCUACGCCAUCUACGAUCUGAUCGAGAUGAUGCAGGAGACCGGCCUGGCGAAGAGCAUCAGGGAACAGGUCGUCUGCAUUGAAGACUCGUUCGUGAACAGCCAGGAGUGGACGCUAAGCCGCGGGGUAUCAGCGCUGCGACUUGGCAUUGUCGGCCAUCUAUCCUCAGGAAAGUCUGCCCUGGUGCACAGGUACCUGACUGGUUCAUACCUGCAGGACGAGAGCCCUGAAGGAGGCAGGUUUAAAAAGGAGGCUGUCGUAGACGGACAGAGUUAUUUGCUGCUUAUCAGGGACGAAGGUGGUUCCCCUGAAUUGCAGUUUUCUGCGUGGGUGGACGCUGUGAUUUUUGUGUUCAGCCUAGAAAACGAAGCGAGUUUCAACGCAGUUUAUAGCAACUAUACCAAAAUGACGCACUACCGAAAUGCAAUUGAAGUUCCUCUCAUAUUAGUUGGCACGCAAGAUGCCAUAAGUGAAAGCAAUCCACGCGUUAUUGAUGACGCCAGGGCGAGAAAACUGGCCGCUGAUCUCAAGAGAUGUUCGUACUACGAGACUUGUGCCACCUACGGACUCAAUGUUGAACGAGUUUUUCAAGAUGCGUGCCAGAAAAUUGUCCAGCAGAGGUAUUUGAAUACGUUGGGCAGCCAAAUGCCCACAACUCCGACUGGUUCCAGGCCAGCCACUCCAAUCAAUCACAUGAUGAAUCCUCGGCCGUUCGCCUCCUCACCCCCUAUGCUCAACAACAAUAAUGGAUUUGGAGUCAGUAGCUCCCCGAGCCACAAUAUUAUGUCAUCUAUGUCAUCGGUGGACAAAUGGGUGUCAAGUGUACCCCUGGAGCCUCCAAAGUUUAUCGCUCCACCCCCACCAUCAAGCUUGGAGCCGCCAAGAGACCAGCCUACACCCAGCUCCACCCCCACUGCCACCAGGAAAAAUCGACGCAGGUCAAAUUUGUUCACCCAGGCAAGAGGCAGCAACAAAGUGGCGGACGAGAAGUCACUCGGUGGUAAAGGGGUGGACAAGGAGUUUGGAAGCGGAAGGGCCAUCCCCAUAAAACAGGGCUAUCUGUACAAGAGGAGCUCCAAACCGCUCAACAAGGAAUGGAAGAAGAAAUACGUCACUCUAUGCGAUGAUGGCAGACUGACUUAUCACCCAAGCCUUCAUGACUACAUGGAAGACGUACACGGAAAAGAGGUGCCAUUGCAGUGUGUGACUGUGAAGCUGCCAGGCCAGAAACCUAAAGGCUCAAAAACAGUCUUACCAAAUUCAUCGUCAACAUCAGCUGCUUCCUCUUUAGCGGAAGGAUUGGGAAAUCUUGGCAUUGGAGCGUUUUCUAAAGAAAAAGGCAAAACUGACAAAGUGACGCUAACUUCUUAUGAGUACCUGAAAGACCCUGGUUCAAGACUCAGCAAUCAAAGUGACGAUUCUUUGGUGAUUGGAAAUACAUCUCUCAAUUUUAUUAAUGGAACUUCAUCUGCUGACUUGAAGUCAGAAACGCCAAACGUGAAAAAGAGGCACCGACGAAUAAAAAGCAGUGGAUUAAAAAACAAUGAAAAUGACGAUUCUGACGGGGUUGACUUCGUUAUUUUGUCGCUUCACAACAAGCAAUGGCAUUUUGAGGCGAGUUCUGUGGAAGAACGCGAUGAAUGGGUUGCUGCAAUAGAACAGCAAAUUCUCAGCUCAUUGCAGGGGAAUGAGAGCAGUAAAGCCAAAUCUAGACUCAACAGCUUGGUGGACCCAGCUGCAAUCCAAGCACUCAAAACCAAAGUACAAGGAAACUCGCAUUGUGUUGACUGUGAUGCUCUAAAUCCAGACUGGGCAAGUUUGAACUUGGGCGCACUCAUGUGCAUAGAAUGCUCAGGCACACACCGCAAUUUGGGCUCGCACAUUUCAAAAGUUCGGUCUCUGGACUUGGACGAAUGGCCGCCAAGUUAUCUUAGCGUAAUGAGGGCUUUGGGUAACCACCUGGUGAACAGCGUCUGGGAGGCGAACACGAGGGGUAGGAUGAAGCCUGGGCCUUCAUCUCCGAGGGAAGAGAAGGAAAAGUGGAUUAGGGCCAAGUACGAGAUCAAGGAGUUCAUGCAUCCGAUGACAGCCUCAGCGCCUCUGCUCGUUGAAGCUGUGUGCAGACGUGACAUGCGUGCCGUCAUACUGCUCUUGGCUAACGCGAAUCCUGAAAUUGUCAACGGCACUGUCAGCUCAAAAGACACCCGGACGCCACUGCACCUCGCCAGUACAAUGGCACAUGUACCUCUUGUUCAAAUGCUAAUGUGGUACGGAGCAGAUGUCAAGAGAUUAGACCACGAUGGCAGGAGCGCGUUGACCUAUGCACAAUCCUUGCUGAACACCGCCAGCCAUGAAAGCGCCACCAUCAUUGUGGAAAUUCUAAUGCAGGCUGGCUGCCCUGACCCGCCAGUGGGCACCCUGGCGCGAAGGAGGGACACAAUCAGCAGACGGGAAACAAUUAGCUCGGAUAUUAUGUAAAUUACAAAACUCGGCUGCUGCAAUUUUAGUUCUUGUGAUAUUAUCCAGUUAACGUUUCGUUAUUUGGUUUCAUUUAUUAUAGCUUUUGUAGUUGGGUCUUUCUGUACUCAUAACAAAGCAGCCAUUCUUCUGAUUGGCCCUGAAAAUUUGAGCCUUCUCCGUAAGCGAGAUAUUGUAGCUUUCCUCUUUUCUUAUUCUUUAUUGCCCGUCUUGUUUUAAAUUUUGUACGAAAAAAAACAUUAAAUGCUAUCUACCCUGGAACCCCUAUAUUCGUCCAGGUUAAAUUUUCUAGUGCUUGAGAAUGAAACACAAUCAUGCUAAAUGUCAGUUACCUUUGCUGCUUAGCUGUAUUGCUAACAUUGCUAGGUAUUAAACAACUUAAAAAGCUCAAAAGUUUAAGAAAUGAGAGUUUGAUAGCACUGUAGGAGAUUUCUAGUCAAAUCCUGCUGAUAAGCAUUAAUUAAUUAUUUGCACCUUUACGCCAGCAGUCCUUGACACAUUCCUUGGCUUUUUUGUAAGAAGUCCCGCACCAAACCAAGUGUUUUCAAAUGGUGCGACUUUUAAAAAAAUUUGCGGGGUCAAAAAUAUAUCACUGUUUUUGAUCAGUUUGAAACCAUCAGUAUUUUAUCACAUGUUGCUGAGUGUAAGGAUAAUGAAGCUUAAGCUACUAAUUACCUAAUUUGAGCCUUAAAAUUAAAUUUCGCCAAGCUUACCAAAGACUGGCCUGAAUCCACAUGGGCAUUGACUGUAAAAUUAAAUUAUAAUUGCGUGAAUGUCUAUAUUAACGUGUUACCUCGAUAUUAAUGAAAAAUAAAUUAGCAGGCAAAAGGGCUCAGGAAAAAUUCAAUAAUUGUGGAUGUUGAAAUUUGCAGGAAAUCAAGGUUUAGGUCGUAGAGAAUUAAAUUCAAACAAAGAAACCAAUAAGCGUCUUUUAAGGUCACGAUUUGUUGCUUUUGAAAUUUGAUUUUUUUUAACCAAUGAAGCCCUGCACAAGCUGUAGCUUGUUGAUUAGUUGCGGUCGAUUCUAUCUGUUAACACCUGCUGAAUGAACAUUCUUGUGUAAAUAUACAAAUAGAUAUAUAAGUCUAUUUAUUAUUCUUUCAUUUGCUUGAGUGGCCAACAAAUAGAAGUGUACAUUAUAGUGAAAUAACUUGUAGCUGCAAGCUGAAAGGAGAAAUCAUCUAUUUUCCAUGCUUGCAUCACAACGUCAAUUACACUUCUUACUUUAUUAAUCACACCGUUGCUCAUUAGUUAAUAAUUUUUGUCUUUCUGGGAUAAAUUUGUAAAUGAACUCAUGUUCAGUCCUUAAUUGAUUUUUCUGAUUAAAAUUAGCUUGGGGCUUGAGUUGCAUAAUUUCCUAAUUAUCGGCCAUAUCAAGAGAUACACACACGCGCAGAAAAAAAUCAAUUGGGUUGGAAAAUGUCGCAUACAAGUAGCAAAGUCAAUAUUAUACUUUUUAUACUACACAAUAACUUAAAAAGUAAGAGAAAGAUUGCGCUCACUUAAAUAAAAAAUCACGCCAAAAACACACAUCCGCUCUUGGUCUAAGUGGAAUUAAAAUAUUCGCAAACAAAACUCAUAGAAUUUUACUAAAAAAAAUCGCAUUUUUCCAUGGGCAACAUACCCAUUGUUGUUAUGUUCACAUACCAUACAUUCUCAAACACAUGUUUUGGUAUUUUAAGACGCUUAAAACUAUACAUUGUACUGUACCAUCUCUAUGAUAAUAUUAUUAUUUCAAUAAAAAGAAAAGUGAACACAAUGA